UGCGUUGCCGGGAGACGGAAAGUUUGGGAACCGGAGCAGGCAUCCCUGGGGAGAGGGCCCGGGGGCUGACGGCCCUGGGGAUGGGGAAGGAGCAGGAGCUGUUGGAGGCGGCCCGUACUGGGCACCUCCCGGCGGUGGAGAAGCUGCUCUCCGGGAAGCGGCUCUCCUCAGGCUUCGGGGGCGGCGGCGGCGGCGGCGGCGGCGGCUCCGGAGGUGGCGGCAGUGGCGUCGGCGGCGGCGGCCUCGGCUCUUCCAGCCACCCUCUCUCCAGUCUGCUCAGCAUGUGGAGAGGUCCAAAUGUGAACUGUGUUGACAGCACUGGCUACACACCCCUGCACCAUGCUGCUUUGAAUGGCCAUAAGGACGUGGUUGAGGUUCUUCUGAGGAACGAUGCACUGACCAACGUGGCCGACUCUAAAGGCUGUUACCCUCUGCAUUUGGCAGCCUGGAAGGGAGAUGCCCAGAUAGUGAGGUUGCUCAUCCAUCAAGGGCCUUCACACACCAGAGUCAAUGAACAGAAUGCUCUUGAGAUCAAAGAACUCAAAAAGUACGGCCCCUUUGACCCUUAUAUCAAUGCCAAGAACAAUGACAAUGAGACGGCCCUGCAUUGUGCAGCACAGUAUGGCCACACAGAGGUGGUGAAGGUGCUCUUAGAGGAGCUAACUGACCCUACCAUGCGCAACAACAAAUUCGAGACGCCUCUGGACCUGGCAGCGCUUUAUGGGCGACUGGAAGUGGUGAAGAUGCUUCUCAACGCACACCCCAACCUUUUGAGCUGCAACACUAAGAAGCACACCCCCCUGCACUUGGCAGCAAGGAACGGACACAAAGCCGUGGUCCAGGUCCUCCUUGAUGCUGGCAUGGACAGCAACUACCAGACGGAGAUGGGCAGUGCUUUGCAUGAAGCUGCUUUGUUUGGCAAGACCGAUGUGGUGCAAAUCCUGCUGGCUGCAGGAAUUGAUGUCAACAUAAAAGAUAAUCGUGGACUGACUGCUUUAGACACUGUCCGGGAGCUGCCUUCUCAAAAGAGCCAGCAGAUAGCAGCACUAAUUGAAGAUCAUAUGACUGGGAAAAGAAGUACAAAAGAGGUGGAUAAAACUUCCAUACCCCAGUCAUCUCUCAUCACCAGUAUGGACUCCGUAUCACAGAAGUCUCAGGGUGAUCUGGAGAAAGCAGUGACUGAACGGAUUAUUGAUUUUGACACAAAUACUGAAGAAGAGGGUCCCUAUGAGGUGCUGUACAACGCUGUCUCCUGCCAUUCCUUGGACAGCUUGGCCAGCGGGCGAUCAUCUGACCGAGACUCUGUGAACAAAGAGGCUGAGGCGGCAGGAGUGAAAACUGCUGGAGUGAGGCCUCGGGAACGUCCACCACCUCCAGCAAAACCACCACCAGAUGAAGAGGAAGAAGACCACAUAGAUAAGAAGUAUUUUCCCCUGACGGCUUCCGAGGCCCUGGCCAUGAGACCCAGGAUUCAGGGGAGUGCAGCCAGGGGAGAGGAUGAACACCCUUAUGAGCUGUUGUUAACGGCAGAGACAAAGAAGGUGGUGUCAAUGGACGGAAGAGCAAAAGACCACAGGCAGAGCAGCAGCAGCCGGAGCCAGGACUCUACAGAGGGCCAGGACGGGCAGGUCCCAGAGCAGUUCUCAGGUCUCCUCCACGGCUCCUCCCCAGUGUGCGAGGUGGGGCAGGACCCUUUCCAGCUGCUCUCUGCCACAGACCAGAGCCAUCCAGACGGAUCCCCCCAGCAGGGCACCUGCUACAAGGCCAGCAUGCAGCUGGAGGAGACGGGUGUGCAUAUUCCUGGAGCCUACCAGCCCAGUGUCCUGGACCAGAGCAAGAGAGUGGACUACCCAGCGAGCCUACCCCCCACCAAUAGCCGAUCACACCCUGAAACUUUGACUCACAUAGCAUCUCCACACCCUGGUGCUGCUGAAGAAGGAGACCGGAGCGGGGCCAGGAGCCGAGCCCCUCCCACCAGCAAACCCAAAGCUGAACUCAAACUCAGCCGCAGUUUGUCCAAGUCUGACUCUGAUCUCCUGACCUGCUCACCCACAGAGGACACUACCAUGGGGAGUCGGAGCGAAUCCUUGUCCAAUUGCAGCAUUGGGAAGAAGAGGCUGGAGAAGUCGCCCUCCUUUGCCUCCGAGUGGGAUGAGAUUGAGAAAAUCAUGAGUUCUAUUGGAGAAGGGAUUGACUUUUCUCAGGAACAGCAGAAGAUCUCAGGUUCGCGGACACUGGAGCAGAGUGUUGGGGAGUGGCUGGAGUCGAUUGGGCUACAGCAAUAUGAGAGCAAGUUGCUUCUGAAUGGCUUUGAUGAUGUCCACUUCCUGGGGUCUAAUGUGAUGGAAGAGCAGGACCUGCGGGAGAUUGGCAUCAGUGACCCACAGCACCGCCGGAAGCUGCUGCAGGCUGCACGGUCCCUGCCUAAGGUAAAGCCACUAGGCUAUGACGGGAACAGUCCCCCUUCAGUGCCCUCCUGGCUGGACUCACUGGGGCUGCAGGACUACGUCCAUUCCUUCCUUUCGAGUGGCUACAGCUCCAUCGACACUGUGAAAAACCUCUGGGAGCUGGAGCUUGUCAAUGUCCUCAAGGUCCAUCUGCUGGGCCAUCGCAAGCGCAUCAUCGCCUCCCUGGCAGACAGGCCAUAUGAGGAACCGCCUCAGAAGCCCCCGAGGUUUUCCCAGCUAAGAUGCCAAGACUUGCUCUCCCAGACAUCAUCCCCCCUGAGCCAGAAUGAUUCCUGCACUGCACGGUCAGCAGACCUGCUGCUGCCUCUUGGGGACACUGGUAGGAGGCGCCAUGACAGUUUUCAUGACCCUGCAGCACCCUCUCGAGUGGAGCGCUUCAGGAUCCAGGAAGAGCACCACGAGGCCAAGCUGACCCUUCGGCCCCCCAGCCUAGCCGCCCCCUAUGCCCCUGUGCAGAGUUGGCAACACCAACCAGAGAAACUCAUCUUCGAGUCCUGUGGUUAUGAAGCCAAUUAUCUGGGCUCCAUGCUGAUCAAAGAUCUGCGAGGGACGGAGUCCACACAGGAUGCCUGUGCCAAGAUGCGGAAGUCGACUGAGCACAUGAAGAAGACCCCCACCAUCAUCCUCUCCAUCACAUAUAAAGGCGUAAAGUUCAUCGAUGCCUCCAACAAGCAGAAUGUCAUUGCUGAGCAUGAGAUCCGGAACAUUUCCUGUGCGGCCCAGGACCCAGAGGACCUCUGCACCUUUGCCUACAUCACCAAGGACCUGCAGACCAGUCAUCACUAUUGCCAUGUGUUCAGCACGGUGGAUGUGAAUUUGACAUACGAGAUCAUCCUGACAUUGGGGCAGGCGUUUGAGGUGGCCUAUCAGUUGGCCCUGCAGGCCCAGAAGUCCAGGCCGAUGGGGGCGUCUGCAGUUGAGAUGAUUGAAACAAAAUCUUCCAAACCGGUGCCUAAGCCUCGGGUCGGCAUGAGGAAAUCCGCACUGGAACCCUCCGAUAUGGACCAAGACGCCCAGUCUCAUGCCAGUGUCUCCUGGGUUGUGGACCCAAAACCAGACUCUAAGCGGAGCCUCAGCACCAACUGAGCCACCGAGGAGCCACACUGUGCUGCGGAAACAUAGACGUGGGAGGCAUGGGCUCCUCCCACCACCACCACCACCGCCGUCUCACCUGCAGCUGUGAAGACCCAGGCCCAUCCUCUGCCUCCUUUCAGCCGCUUGGCCUGGGCUACAGAGAAGCACUCCAGGCCUCUAGCAAAGGAGACUGGAACUCCAGAGGGUCGAAAAGUGACUUGUUCAGAACACAUUUUUUUUUAAAUAGAAAAAAAAAAUCUUUUUAUAAAAUGAACUUUUAACACUUGGCUCAAACCUCUAGGUCAAACUGCCAGUCUUUAGAAAAGUGGCCACAGGAUCAGAGGACAGGAGAACUGAGAUUGGUUAAAAGGCCAGUCUGUGGAGCCCUCUGUCCUCAAGAUGGGAUCUUGGUAUAGCCCAAUAGGGCUAAAGACGAGACAGUGGCCUAUGGAUGAGUUGAAAGGAGCAGGCUCAGGGUCUAAGUUAAGUAGAUUGGUAAGAGUCUGCUUUUUAAAUUCAACCAGGUUAGUUGCUGUUUUUUACAAACUGCUUAACUUCUUGUCCCUGUGGAGAGCUGAACGCAGGUUCUUCAGUAAAAACACAGCCUUAGAGGUACCUGGGCAAAAGCAAAGGCUUCCAGUCCAUUCCUAAGGUUCCAAAUGUGAAGGUCCAGUGGCCAAAUGGAGAUUAGCAAGCAGUUUUUGGUGCCGCGCCAUCUGGGCACUGUCAGCUCUAGGCCUCUCCUCAGUCUCCCACCCAUUGGUGGUCAGAGCACUGCCCUGGGCCAGCUGACCCACAAGCUCUCUGGUGAUAUACUCCCUGAGUUGUGUCACAGAGAAAAAGCAGCUUUGUUUUGGGCAUUAAAAUGGGUAGGUAGGCUAAGAUUACUACUUGCCAAUUUAUUAAGAUUUAUGUAAUCAGGUCUGUGUGAUUCGGGCUCGUUUUGAUUCUCUGAAUUAUUGGUUUGAGUGUUAUAUUUUCGGUUGCUGAGUCCAUCCCUGAGUAGGUGUGGAAAAGGUGACAGUCCACUGACUCUCCUCUAGUAUCACCUUGAGGGGGUCUAGUACCCAGUGCACCACUGCUGCUUGAACCUUCUUGCUGGCUUGCUUUGCUCUUAAAAGUGACUUGGUGGGUUAUGUUCUUCCUCCUGGACUACAGUAGAAAGGAUGGAACUAAUUCCUGCUCCAGUGUUGAGAGGCAAAGCUAGGUCAGCUGCGUGUCUAGUACCUCCUAGGAUAGGGAGCAGAGAGGAACACUUCCUUCCACGGGUAUCUCGGCAGACCUCAUGCAUUACUGGCAUGAUUCAUUCUGGUCCUGUGAUGAAUACUCCAGGCUUCAGCAACACUGCUCUUCCCAACAAAGGUGGUGAAUUUUAAUUUUUUGUUGGUGUGUAUAUGCAGAGAGUGUCCUUGGGCACAUUCACAGCUUCUGUGCUUGGCUAGAAAUCAAUAGCGUGUCUUCCAGCUAACCUGAGGUAGGCCUUGUGGGUUUCCUGUCUCCUGAGCACCCAGCACAGUGGGAUCUGGGAUGCAGCCCCCCACUGCAGCAAAGGCAGUUGUCCUUCACUUCUUGGUACUAAACACAGACCUGGACUCCUUGAGGUUUUCUUUGAUUUUCUGGUUCAUUCUGGUCCUGUGAGGGUACCCAGGAAUCAAAUGCUACAGUGUUCAGCCCCUGCUUUCUGCCAAAAGCUGGUCAGGAGACCUAGAGGUCUUGAGCAGGUUGUGCUGCUUCUGCUGCACACCUGCACCGGUACCUUCUUCCUCCUAAGAAAGCCCAGCCACAUUGAAGUCAGCCUCUGUUGGUGGGUGGUAGGUCCAAAAAGAAAGUUCUACAGACACUACGAUGAGUUGCUUAAGCUGUCUUUGUUUUUAGAUCAUACUUAGGUGUUUCUUCCCCUUGAAGCUGCUAUAUCUUUAUUUAUUCAAGGUGUUUUCAUAUUGGGAAGCCUUGAGUCUGCUCUGGCUCUGGAUUUUGUUUUGAAAUUGGUUUAUCUCUCACUAUUUAAGAAAGGAAAGUGACUAGAUCUUUAUUUUCUACUCUUCCUACUUCCCCUUCCCUAAAAAGGUUAUUGUAACUUUAAGAACAGGCUUCAAGUGGAAAAGCCCUAUUUUUGCACUUCUCUAAGUGCAGGCCAUGCAGUGUGGCAAACCCUAUUGCUGCAUUUCUGAAUUGCAAAGGAGCCCAUUGAGGUGGAGAACUUAAAAUGGGUUUGGUACCUGUCCCUGGCCACAGGCUCCUUGCUUGUCUCCCUCUUUUGCUUGCCAGCACUCUGUACUGUCCCCUGACAGGCUCUACAUUUGCAAUGCUCCCAUCUCUCCAGGACCGCUAGCAUUACAUACUAGGGGGAGUUCCUUCAGAAGCCUUGGAUCUGAGCAGACAGCAGGCAGAAUUGCAGUCAUCAUCAAGCCAUUGGAAAACCAGAACUUGGUCUGGUUUUGAGAUGCCCAGGCCAGUAGAAUGCAGUUCACAAAAGUGUUUUGCUAAUGAUAUGGCAAUGAGACUGAGUUAUAAUAAAAAUGUUAUUUAAUCUUUGUCUCUGUAUUUUGAUACUUGAAUGACUUCCCCUUUUGUUUUACUGUACAUAUAAUUGUUACUCUGUCUGAUUUUGUCUGAAUUAUAAACACCUAAAGGUACCAAACAUAACCAACCUGUUUGACGACAUAGACUGACCUCACUACACAAGAGAGAGUGUAAAUACUCCUGGGCUUCCAGCUUUGGUUUUGUUAUUUUCAUAACUGUACAACAUAGACUGAAUUAAUAAAUGAGAAGCAACAUAAAACCAGCCU